GUAUUCUUGUUUGUUCAACCUAGCUUCAUAUGUUUUCAUCAAGACUUGGGGGUUUUAGUCAACAUUUUGUCGAAGCUAAAAUAUGUAUGGACCUCAUUGUGUCUUUCCGAUAGUCUUUACACCGGUAAAUGUCGCGACGAGCGUAUUGUACAGCUAUUUCUUUAAUGUUAGGUUAAGUUAGCUAACCAAGUGCAACUCUCUUUAUCGUUAUUGCUCAGAUAGGAAUAAUUAGCUAGUAACGGCAAACGAGUUACGUUAAGUCACCUUUUUGUUGCUGGAGGCGCUGCUCUAAAAAUAAUGUCCGUGUGAGCUGCUGCUUUUGUAGAAAGCGAGUUGGCUUCGUCGCUGUAACGUUAACUAUACAUGGACUAGCUGUUUUGCGUUUGUGAUACAGCACGGAGAAACCAAAUUAGUCACAAUCAUCUACCACAGCCUAGGUAGAUGAAAACUUUUCAGUAGUUGUCACUAUGCAGCCCUGUCCUGUCUCUCAUUGCACAGGAGUAGCUAUGGGCGUCCGAAAAGGCUGAGUACUUUUUUACAGCUUAGGCUGCCACCAUGGGCACCGCAUCCUCUUUGGUCAGCCCAGGAGAGGUAAUUGAGGAUGGAUAUGGGGGUGAAGGUGGGGAAGCAUGUGAGAUCCCAGUGGAGGUCAAGCCCAAAGCCCGACUCCUGCGCAAUUCCUUUCGCAGAGGACCUCGAGUGAUUGGGGCCAGUUUCAAAUCCACAGGAUCUGUGGAUCUAGAGUAUGCUGCUGAGUAUGAAAGACUCCGUAAAGAGUAUGAAAUCUUCCGUGUCAGCAAGAAUAACGAGAUCUCAUCCAUGCAAAAGAAGGAGGCCAAGCUGGAUGAGGAGAACAAGAGGCUGAGAGCUGAGCUGCAGGCUCUGCAAAAGACCUACCAGAAGAUCCUUAGAGAAAAAGAGAGUGCUCUUGAGGCAAAAUACCAAGCUAUGGAGAGGGCUGCCACCUUUGAACAUGACAGGGACAAAGUAAAACGACAGUUUAAGAUUUUCCGGGAGACAAAAGAAAAAGAAAUUCAGGAUCUCUUGCGGGCCAAAAGGGAUUUGGAGGCCAAAUUGCAACAGUUGCAGGCUCAGGGCAUCCAGGUCUAUGACCUAAAUGAUUCUGAUUCAGAUGAUAACCAAACCACUGUCACUGCUGCAGGGACACAGUGUGAGUACUGGUCUGGUGGUGUGCUGGGAAGUGAGCCCUCUAUGGGUAGCAUGAUGCAGUUGCAACAGACCUUCCGGGGGCCUGAGUUUGCUCACAGCUUGAUAGAUGUGGAGGGACCCUUUGCAAAUGUGAGCAGAGAUGACUGGGAUGCUGCAGUGGCCAGUCUGCUUCAGGUCUCCCCUCAUGUGCCCCAGGCCUUAUGGAGUAACACAGUGCGCUGCUACCUAAUCUUUACCCAGGAGACCAAAGCUGAGCUUGAUAUCUUUAUUAAGAAACACUCUCCUGUGUUACGGAGAAUGUGUGAAGGUCUCGGCCAUUUCUACCUGAAUGUCUGCUUCCCAGAGGAGAAUGCUGCCUCAUACACUGUGGAGCGCAAGCAGGAGAUUGAAAGGAGCUCUGUGUGUGUGCUUCUUCUCAAAUCUACUGUCACUAGCUCUGUGGUGGAGGAUUGUGAGGAGGCUUUUGUGAAGAAUCCAGAUGGCCAUCCACUGGUGCUCUACCUCAGGACUGAAGAAGAUCACAAUUUGACUGGACCCACCAGGCAACUGCUAGAAAGGGUCAAUGCUGCAGACAAGGCUGCUAAAGUCAAGGUGGUGGAUCAUAGUGGUUCUGCAGAGGAGGGAGCUGACCUGAUUUAUGCUCAACUAGAGAAAGUCAUCAAACAGGAGUUGCUGGGUCUUGAAGGAGGAGAUGUUGACUCUAAGGACUCCGGGAUAGAGGAGGGACGUGAAGAAGACUCAGGAGAUGUGCUGUGGGACCUGCACGAUGAGCAGGAACAGAUUGAGUCCUACCAACAGGCCUGUAACAGCACCAACUCCCAGUUAGGGUUCCAGAAGUAUAUAGAUCGUUUGAAUGACAUGAUAGCUGCUCCCCCUCCCACCCCUCCUCUGCUGGUGUCUGGUGGUCCAGGCUCAGGGAAGUCUCUCCUGCUCUCCAAAUGGAUUGAGCAGCAGCAGAAGCAGUCCCCCAACACCUUGUUCCUUUAUCAUUUUGUUGGUCGCCCACUUUCCACAAGCUCAGAGCCAGUUCUCAUUAUCAAACGCCUCACAGUCAAACUGCUGCAGCAUUUCUGGUCCAUUUCUGGCUUGUCCAUGGAGCCCAGUAAGAUCUUGGAGGAGUUUCCCCGCUGGCUUGAAAGACUAUCAGCACGCCAUCAAGGAAACAUCAUCAUCAUCAUUGACUCCAUUGACCAAAUACAGCAAGCAGAAAGACACAUGAAGUGGCUGAUAGACCCUCUCCCUGUCAAUGUCAGAGUGGUGGUGUCUGUCAAUGUAGAGACGUGUCCUCAAGCUUGGAGGUUGUGGCCCACACUCCACUUAGACCCACUGAGUCCCAGAGAAGUCAGGAGUGUUGUUAAUGCAGAGUGCCAGAGCAUGGAUCUCAAAUUUACUAAGGACCAGGAGAAGAAGCUGGAAAGGCACUGUCGAUCUGCAUCAACCUGCAAUGCAUUAUAUGUCACACUACUGGCAAGGAUGAUCAUCAGUAUGUCAUGUUGGUCACUGGAGAAGAGCCUGGAGCAGUGUCUACAGUGUCAGGACACCAUGUCCCUCUACCGCUUGGCACUCAAAAUGAUGCUGACCUCCCUCGACACAGACAGAGAGAGACACAUUAUGAGAGAGAUACUGUGCCUUGUAUGUGCCAGCCAUAAUGGAGUGAGUGAAUCAGAGGUACUAGACCUUUUCCCAGAAGAGGAGUUGCCUGUCCUGUCCUCUUUGCUUUACCGUCUGAACAGACUCUGCAUUGUAACCCUCCGUUGUGGGCUCAUCAGGUUUAAACACCUGCAGGCUUGGGAAGCUGUGAGGUUGGAGUUCCUGGGUGGAGGAAGCAGCUCUACUGCUUAUAGAGAGAAACUCGUACAUUACUUCAGUCAGCAACUCAGCCAGGACCGUGUGACUUGGCGUGUCGCAGAUGAACUGCCCUGGCUACUCCAACAGCAGGAGGAUAGGACUAAACUACAGCUUAGCCUCCUAAACCUGUUUGUCUCCCAAAACCUCUACAAGAGAGGUCAUUUCUCUGAGCUGCUAGCCUAUUGGCAAUAUGUGGGCAAAGACAAAAGCUCCAUGGCCAACGAGUACUUUGACUCCCUGAAACACUAUGAGAAGAGCUGUGAGAGCCAAGACAGCAUGACCAAGCUGGCAAACCUUUAUGAGACCUUGGGACGUUUCCUCAAAGACCUGGGCCUCCCUAGUCAGGCCGUAGCCCCUUUACAAAGGUCCCUUGAGAUUAGGGAGACAGCCUUGGACCCGGACCAUCCCAGCGUAGCUCGCUCCCUGCACCAGCUGGCCGGGGUUUAUGUUCAGUGGAAGAAGUAUGGCAACGCUGAGCAGCUGUACAAGCAGGCCCUGGAGAUAAGUGAGAAUGCCUAUGGAGCUGAGCAUGCCAGUGUAGCACGAGAGCUGGAGUCACUCGCCAUGCUGUAUCAGAAACAAAACAAGUAUGAACAAGCAGAGAAACUCAGGAAGAUGUCAGUGAAGAUCCGUCAGAAGACUGCUCGCCAGAAAGGUCAUAUGUACGGCUUCACUCUGUUGAGACGCAGAGCUCUACAGCUGGAAGAGCUGACCCUGGGAAAAGACUCUGCAGACUGUGCCAAGACACUUAAUGAAUUGGGUGUCCUCUACUACCUCCAAAACAACCUUGAUGCAGCCAAAGUAUUCUUGACCCGCUCUCUGGAGAUGCGUCAGCGUGUCCUUGGUCCAGACCACCCAGACUGUGCUCAGUCCCUCAACAACCUGGCUGCACUGCACACAGAGAGGAGGGAGUAUGAGACGGCUGAGGACAUGUAUGAGCGGGCGCUAGACAUCCGCAAGACGGCCUUGUCCCCAGAUCACCCUUCGUUGGCAUACACACUCAAGCACCUGGCCAUGCUCUACAAACGCAGAGGGAAGCUGGAAAAGGCUGUACCACUGUACGAGCUGUCUCUAGAAAUCAGGGAAAAAAGUUUUGGGCCCAAACACCCCAGUGUGGCCACAGCACUGGUCAACCUGGCUGUAAUCUACUGCCAACUAAAGAAGCACAGUGACGCGUUGCCUCUUUAUGAACGAGCACUGAAAGUGUAUGAGGAUAGCUUGGGGCGCUCACAUCCACGGGUCGGAGAGACCCUAAAAAACCUAGCUGUGCUAAGCUACGAAGAGGGUGACUUCGAGAAGGCAGCAGAGCUUUACAAACGUGCAAUGGAGAUAAAGGAGGCAGAGCCAUCGUUAGUGUGUGGGAACGCCCCGUCCCGCCACUCCUCCAGUGGGGACACAUUCAAUCUGAGGGGACCUGGUCCCCUCCCACAUGUCCCGAGUGCGGGUCAGUCAAACCCAACCUUCCUAAUCCAAACACCCUCAAACAGCUAUGUGCUCAGGAAGAAACCCCCAGGUGAGCUGCUGCCAGGGGCUCACAAGGUGGACAGGGAGUAUCGGGUGCAGAAGGCCCUGUUCUCUGCUGGAUUCCCUGUACCUCAGCCUCUCUUGCACUGCACUGAUGCUGACGUUAUUGGAACAGAGUUCUACUUGAUGCAGCAUGUGAAGGGGCGUAUAUUCAGGGAUCUUCGUCUUCCUGGAGUGAGUGCAGCAGAGAGAACAGCUCUAUAUGUGGCUGCAGCGGAAGUGUUGGCAAAGCUACACUCACAGGACCUGGCAUUACUGAACCUAGAAGGGUAUGGAAAAGGAUCAGGCUACUGCAAGAGACAAGUGUCCACCUGGACGAAGCAGUACACCGCAGCAGCCCACAGAGACAUUCCAGCCAUGAAUGAACUGUCUGAUUGGCUGAUGAAUAAUUUGCCAGCCAAUGAUAACGAGGUCGUGCUUGUCCAUGGAGAUUUCCGAUUGGACAACUUAAUAUUCCAUCCAACAGAGGCGCGUGUGAUAGCAGUGUUGGACUGGGAGCUGUCUACCACUGGGCAGCCUUUGGCAGACUUGGCCUACUUCCUCAUGCCUCACUACUGGCCUACAAGCCUUAAUGUUAUCAGCACAAUGGGCAGCUUAAAAGGAAUAGAAGGUAUCCCAACUGUGGGUGACCUGAUCUCCAUUUACUGCCAGUGCCGGGGUAUCCCAUCUGCUUUGCCACAGUUGAAUUUCUACCUGGCCCUCUCUGUAUUUAAAAUGGCAGGAAUUGCCCAGGGGAUCUAUGCACGCCACCUACUGGGUAAUGCCAGUGCUCCCAAUGCAGCUCAGUUUGGCCAGUGUGUGGAGCCCUUGGCUAAGAUUGCCUUGCAGCUUGCACAGAGGUCUAUCACAGGUCCUAAAGAAGAAGGUGUGUUCCUCCAGACAGCUAAAGGUCAGGCUGUUCUCCAGCAGGUCAAAGACUUCAUGAGACAAUACGUGCUUCCUGCUCAGGAGGAAGUUGCAGAGUACUACUCCAAACACACUCAGUCUCCACAGAGGUGGCACACCCCCCAAAUAAUAGAAGACUUAAAGAUGAAAGCCAGGGAGGCAGGGCUGUGGAAUCUGUUCCUGCCUGUAGUCAGUGGUCUCAGUCAGUUGGACUAUGCCUACAUUGCAGAGGAAACUGGACGCUGCCUCUUUGCCCCUGAGGUCUUCAACUGCCAGGCUCCUGACACAGGAAAUAUGGAGGUGCUCCACAUGUUUGGCAGUGAGGAGCAGAAGAGGAAAUGGCUGGAGCCUCUGCUCAGAGGAGAGAUCCGCUCCUGCUUCUGUAUGACCGAGCCUGAUGUGGCCUCCAGUGAUGCGACCAACAUGGAAUGCACUCUUUGCAGGGAUGAAGACAACUACGUCAUAAACGGCAAGAAAUGGUGGAGCAGUGGUGCUGGCAAUCCCCAAUGCAAAGUGGCCAUUGUGAUGUGCAGGAACAGUUCUCAGGAUGUUAGCAGCAGGCAUGGCCAACACAGUAUGAUCCUCGUCCCUAUGGACACAGCGGGUGUAAAGCUCGUCAGACCGCUCACCGUGUUUGGACAGGAUGAUGCCAUCCAUGGUGGCCACUUUGAAGUGCACUUUGAAAACGUGUGUGUCCCUGCCUCCAACAUUAUUCUUGGAGAGGGCCGAGGAUUUGAGAUUGCCCAGGGUCGCCUGGGGCCGGGCAGGCUGCACCACUGUAUGAGGGCUGUUGGUCUGGCAGAGUUGGCACUGGAGCUGCUCUGCCAGCGGGCUGCCUCCAGGCACACAUUUGGAAAGAAACUGUACCAACAUGAAGUUGUUGCUCAUUGGAUAGCAGAGUGCCGUCUCAUGAUCGAACAGACCCGCCUGCUGACGCUACAUGCUGCUCAUGCCCUGGAUACACUGGGCAGCCGGGCUGCUCGCAAACAGAUUGCUAUGAUCAAGGUGGCAGCAGCCAGGAUGGCCUGUAGGGUGGUGGACUGUGCUAUACAGGUGUAUGGAGGUGCAGGUGUGUCUGGAGACAUCCCACUAGCCCAGAUGUAUUCAUAUGUGCGGACUCUACGCAUAGCUGAUGGGCCAGAUGAGGUGCACCUCUCCUCCAUUGCUCAUCUAGAACUGAGGGAUCAACUAAAGAAAGCACAGGCCAAGCUGUAAAGUAAUCACAUGGGCACAACAGCUUCACAAAAUUGCAAUUUGCCUUAACAAAAAUAAUGCUUUUUCAUUGAAAUAAGCAAUUUUGCCACUAAAAUACACUAAAUGUAAAUGACUGAUUUAUAAAUUUGUCAUAUACAUUUUACUCCAAUCCGCUUGAAUUAAAAAUGACACUUGUUUAUUA